AUGCAGCGUUGGUUUCCGCAUCAUAAGUUAAUAGACAUUGUCGACGAAGUUGAUAAGUUAAAAAGACACUGUGGCUAUAUAUCACUAAUUGAUUAUUUAACCAUGUUCGAUAAUAAUCGGCAACCGACGUUAGAAGAAUGUCUAGCAAAACGUUCAGAAAUUAUGCUAGAUGCAUUAAACCAUAUGUCAUUUGAUACAUUUCUUGAUGCUACUAUGCCUGAAUGUAAAUUUUUAUCAACGUUAGCUGCUAACACAGAAAGGUCCACAUUUAUAUCCCAAAUGACUAACUUAAACUUACAACAUAAAGCGGAGAUUUUUCUUGAUGUGAAAGAUCGUUUUAAUAAAGCACAAAAUUAUAUGUCAUCAAUUGAUUAUUCAACUAUGUUCAAUGAUGAUCCUCAACCAACACUGGAAAAUAUUACAGCCCAAACAACCAAGAUAACGUUGGAUGCUUUGAAUCGCGUGUCUGUAGAUGAAUUUUUUGGUUCGGUUAUGUGUGAAAACAUUAACAUGCUGAAAAAUCAAUGUGCGAAAGAAACAAGCUUCCCAAAUCUAUCAUCAAUACAAUCAUCUCCAAAACUUUGUUAUUUAUCUGUUCCACGAGAUCAUUCAUGUUGUUUUACAAGUUUGUAUUUCUUAUUAGUUUCUUCGGUAGAUGAUUAUCGAUUUCGUUCGGACCCAAAUUAUCGUUUUGUAUGCACACAAGAGUUAAGAAAUAUUAUAGCGCAAGUAAUUGAACAAAAUCCGAGCACAUAUACAGAUGAAAUAUUAGAGAAAUCACGAAGAGAUUAUUGUCAAUGGUUACGUCAUCCAGACAUGUGGGGUGGAGACAUUGAAUUAUCUAUAUGUUCUAAUUUAUAUUUUGUUGAAAUUUGUGUUAUUAAUCUACAUUUACAAAAUCCAAAUGAAGCCAUUUAUCGAAUAGGAGAAAAUGAUGGACAUCCAACAAGAAUAUUCUUAACAUAUGAUGGUAAACACUAUAAUCCGACAUUUACCUGCAUAAAUAAUGAAGUGCAUAAACGUACUAGAUGCGAUGACAUUGAAAUAAUGACAUUAGCUCAAAAUAAACAAAUUGAAGAUUAUGAAUUAUCAACAUUAGUAAUCAGUACAGAGAUGGAAUCGGUUACACCUCAAACCAUGGACCUUAAGACACAACUCAUGGUAAAUAAUCUCACUGAUUUCGUGAAUACGUUAAAAGAAAAAUGCAGUUAUAUAUCACCAAUUGAUUAUUUAACCAUGUUUGAUAAUAAUCGACAACCAACUUCCGAGGAACUUAAUGCAAAAUAUACAGAAAUUAUGAUGGAUGCUUUGCACCAUAUGUCAUGCGAUACAUUGGUUAAUGGAAUGUCUGAAUUUAUAUCUGACAUGAUUUCAGAGUUAGGUCAAAAUUUAGAUAUAUUGUCAAAAACGAUGUACUCAACUACCCCUCAUAUGAUGAGCGACGAUGAGAAUAAUAUAUCAAGCAGCAAUGCUCAACAACAACAACAACAACAAGUCGAUAAGAAAGAAAUGCAUUCACUUUCGUCCCUCUCAUUAUCACCUACUGACUCAAAGGUAAGAAUAUCAUUAAGUACCAAUACAUCACGUUCAUCCGAUGUUAAUAGUGAUGGAUUGUUACCGGAAAAACGCAGUAAACGACGUGAAGAUGAUAUAAUAGUAAGGACAUCCAAGGAUCUUGAUAGACUACCAGAUUCUGGAACACCAUAUCAACAAAAAAGGGUAGAAACAUGGACAGCUGCAAAUGUUAGCCAGUUUCUCUUAGAUAAUAACCUUGACAAAAUGGCAAUGUUGCUUGAAAAUUCAGACGGAAAUACACUACUCGAAGUAUAUCAAUCAUGUAAAACGAAUAGGCCAAAAAUGUAUGACUAUUUAAAUGAAGAAUUACAAUGUAAUCACAAAACAACAAUGCCCGUAACAGAAUAUCAUCGUUUCAUUAGUGAACUUCGAAGGUACAUCAAAACGUCCUCAGCAUGUACAAUUUUUUAA